GAGACGAUCACUCGAUACAGUGUUAUCGCACCGUUCCGCCCGUCUAGGAUAAUAUCAUCUUGCAGCCUUUCCCCCUCCCUCCCAUUCCGAUCUCCGCAGUGAGUCACUACGGGAUUUACCGUCUCGGCUUGCAUACCUUUGGUGGAAUAUAUCGUCAUUUCCGGUGGGACGCAGCGUUACACCGCUCGAUCUAUACACCUCUUUCUGCGUAUCACCCUCGAGAGUCAAAGUUUCCCCUUCUAGAGUUUAAUCGGGGGGAACAGGGCUGCGCCGUUUACCAUUUGGUACCCAUCUGGAACUGCUCUAAAAGACGAUCACAAGCUUAUCACCGCAACGCGACUCCCACAUCAGCGACGCUUCAUUAGGAUUGCCCCGUGCCCCAGGCUCGGAGUCUAGCUCGGUUGCGCAAAGUCAUCUGGCCCGCAUUGGCUUGGUCCUAUCACCGUCGCUGGCCCCAUUCUCGGCCACCCACCAUCGUUGAUAUCUGCAGAUCAUCUGCACCCGCAUAUUGGUUUCCGUCGUGCAUAGUCCCUGCAGAGGUUUCCUCAGCUUGCCCACUCAGGGUGCAUUCCCACUGGCCUACCCGCCGUUUACACUAACGCGGGAGUAAUAGUUACUGCCCUUCUAAAUCUUUAACUCCCCCAUUCUGGAAGGAGAAACAGGUUUUACUCGGAAAGCGAAUAGCGACCAUGGCUACUAAUUCGUUUCGCGAUUCAGUCAACUCAUUGGGCUGGUCUCGGAGGGACCCAGACGUCCCAGUCCGCACUAACGCCUCGUCUACUUCUUUCCUAUCCCGGUUACAGUCCUGGAAUCCGCUCGGCCAAGGCGAGGGAUAUGUGCAACUGCCCACUCACGAAGCUCCAGGAGCUCCCCUCCCAGCUGCAAGUCGACGGGAGGAGGAAGAUAGUUUCUUCGCCUUGAGUCGGUGGGAUCGGAUGCUCGUAUUCAUUGCAUGCAAUGCCGGUGCUGCCGUUUGUUUCUUUAUUUGCUUUUUCUUAUUCCCGGUCCUAACGCUCAAACCCCGCAAAUUUGCCAUCCUAUGGUCUGUGGGUUCCUUACUGUUCUUGCUGUCAUGGGCGGUUCUCAUGGGACCCCUGGUUUACGCUAAGCACUUGGUCUCGGGAUCACGACUACCCUUUACUGCCGCUUAUUUUGGGUCGAUUGCCAUGACCCUGUACUUCGCCGUCGGGCUCCAUAACACCUUCCUCACACUCAUCUCGUCGAUCUUCCAGCUGGCCGCUCUGAUCUGGUACCUGGUCAGCUACUUCCCCAUGGGUAGCACUGGAUUGCAAUUCAUGGGACGGUUCGGAGCCCAACGCGUUACGACUUGGAUGACCAGCUGACUUGCCAUCUUUAUGUUGUGGACUAACCGGUCGUCACCUGAUAGAAACAGCUUAUGUAUUCUACAACUCUAUAUUCCUUGUAUAACUUGAUGGAUGGAUGACGAAUUGGGAGAGAGCGUCCAGAUCUAAAUCGCAUUUAUUUAUGAUCAUGAAUGAAACGGAUUACAAGACUCGCUAUCCUAACACGUCAUCCCAUCACUCAUCUUUACCC